AUGUCUAGUCCGGAAUGUCGCAGUCGCAAGAUCAAGUGCGAUGAGCGGAAGCCGCGAUGUGGCCAAUGUAUGAGACGCGAUCGGGUGUGCCAUUUGCAGGACUCGGUGUUUAAGCGACAUGCCUUUUCGUUUGAGGCCGAGAGCACCCCAACGCGCUCGAGCCAACUCAUCGACGGCUGUCGCACUGCCGAUAUCACGGCGACUGCCGGGAAUUCCUACAGAGAUGAUCUGCAAAGCAACCCGAGCGCCGUAGAACAUGGCCUUGGCGGCGGUGACUCCCUCCUGCUGCCUCCAGUCACCCCAGUACUGCCACCAUUCUACCCAGCAUUGGUGGAUCACACCUCCCCAGAGCAAUCUAUUCCAAACAUCACGCCGAGCGUGCCUUUGUUGCGACGGCAAUAUCAUAACCCGGAAAGGGCUCAUGGUCAGACCGCAUGUUUGAACCCGCAGACAAACGGGUCGGGUGAUAACAACUCGGCCACCAGUCCCAGCACCACGGGACCUGAUGGGCUGCACGAAACGACCAUCGAGGCAUUGAAAGACACACAGGAGGAGCUCUUUCUUCUUAGGCACUACUCCGAGUGCAUAGCACCAUGGAUGGACUUACUCUACCGCUACGAAGUAUUUAGUCGCGAAGUUUUGAUGCUCGCGCGAAAACACCCCAUUUUGCGCUAUGCCGCGUGCGCGGUCGCUGCCAAGCAGCUUGGGCAAAUGAGAGCGCCAGUGGCUACCGUCCUGCGAGGCACGACGCAGGAACGAAUCGCAGAGCGCCUUGUCAGAGGCAGACUCGGGUUCGUAUGGUACGGAAUCAAAUACUACGAGAAGGCGAUACAAACGCUGGUCAAGUCAAUCACGCCCAAGGAGCCACAGGCUACGACUGCAAACCAUCCGUCGCCAGCUGUGUCACUCUCGAAGGGAGAUUUGAUGGUGCGUGCGGACGGCGAGGACCCCAUUGUCCGGUUGCUGGGCACGUGUAUCCUGAUCCAGUACGAACAUUUGAGCGCAAACCGGGAUGCCUGGUCUGGACAUCUAACGGGCUUCUCGAAGCUCCUCGAUCUUAUCGAUGGCGGAAAACUGCUUGAACAGCAUCCUAUCUACGAGCAAGUGUAUCCAUGGACGAAGGACAUCAUGGAGGUCAAGGCUGGCUUUUGGAACUUUGUCGUCAAUGACCUCGAAGAGUCCUUUGUCUCGCAUCGCCGCACACGCAUCAAUACGGAGAAUCUCGCAUUAUGGCGGAACAUGGGGCUUCUCAUUGAGGACGAUGGCCGAACAACUUUAACCUCGGGCCCAUACAGCCUAUCCACGACUGCAGAACAUGUCAGAGACAAGGUGCUUUGCUACUCGCUUAUCCGGCUGAUGUGCAAGUUGGUGUGCCAUCUGGCGCCUGCGUCGGAAUGGGAGGCGUUGUCAGUGGCAAGCGGAGAGCCAAGACCCACGACACGAACCUUUACGAGCCUCGAGGGGGAAUUUGAUGCCUGGUACGAAAUGCUGUCGCCGUCGUUCUACCCCGAUGGGAAAUUCUCGACGCCAGCAGACGCCGGUGGCGCAGAGGGGUCAGGUUUGUUCAGCCAGGAGAUUUGGUUCAGCAACGACCUUUGCUCCACGACCAUGAUGUACUACCACAUGGCGCGCCUGCUGUUAUUGAUACACCGACCGUCACAUCUUUUGUCAGCGUCGCCCGCAGGCAGUGGGGGCUCAUUUGAUCUUCUGCGCGCGUUUCGUGAGACUGAACAAAAGCUGCGGUUGCAUGCGUCCGAGGUUAUCUCCAUAGUUCGCGAGAGAAAGGGCUUGGUCGAGAUUCUCACAGGCAUCCAGGACAGCCUCGGAAUUGCGACUGGGUAUCGGGUGAAGGCCCUGCUACAGGAAUGGGGAAUGUCGUACCAGGAGUUCGGAAUGGAAGCGAGACUCACAGCUGAAGAGCAAUUGGGCUAG